AUGGACGAGGAUCGUGACACAGGCAACAAUUUCCAGUUUAUAUCGAUAACAAACCUUGCUGAAGCGAAAGACCGCGAUAAACGACGACAGGCACGAUCCCACGCCGCCAGACAGGGCAGGCAGCGAUCUCAACAUGUUUCUCCGAGAGAUGAGGCGGGUGCGUCGGGCCAAUCACUGAUACCUUGGUCCAUUUUUGCACCAGUGUCGGCAUACGGCCCCUUUGAGACUCUCAUUGGAGACUCUCCCAAACUGAGAGCAUUACUUAGCCAUGAUGCUGCCCGGCAAGCCGCAGAGCCUAUAUUCAGCGUUGCAGAUCCUGUAGUGUUUCAGGAUUUUGCGUCCGUCUUUCGAACCGAUCUCGACGACCCGGCUUUGUUGAAUGCUGUUAAGCUCACCUUUGCAUUUGCCGUGACUGGAGGAAAUAUCGAUCAAGAAUGCCUCGACUUUCAAAAUCAAGCCAUGAGCACGAUACGCGAAAGGAUGGAUUCGCUAGAGUCGGCUUUGACAUUACCGACUCUGGGGGCCAUCUUGCUCCUUGCCGGAGUAGAGGCGCGUCUUGGCAUGCGAUGGCAGGUUCAACUGCACAUGGGAGCCAUCCAGCAGCUUCUUGAGCUGGGCCAAACAAAAACCGUUUAUCUGACAGAUGGGAUCAAACGUGCCAUCUUCUGGCAAGAUCUGAAUUCAUCCGUCAUGACUGGAUCUGACCGCAUAGUGGACCACACCACUUUUGCCGAGCUUCAGUGGAAGCGCGAUCCCUUUGCUUCUGCUUACUUUGCCCUAGCGCCAGGGUUUCAGAGGAAGUCUCACUUGUUUGACGAGAAUUUUCUAGAAGUUCUCAAAGAUAUCCACGCGCUGCAGUGCGUUCAAGAUCUGCCCCGCUACUCCUGUCAGAAUCCAGUGGAAAUGCUCCGUGUUGAUAAUCAGCAGGCAUCGAUCGGAUCUAGGCUGGUGGAUUUACCGAAGCUUUCUACUACGAUGGAAGCUUGCUACCUUGCCGCGUAUCUCAGUGCCUGUAUGCUUUGCUGCAAAGUGUGGCGCCACUCCGUGAUGCCUUCUCAUGUUUCUCAACGACUAUUAAGGAUACUUCAAGAAUCUAAUGAGGAUCCAUUUUGGAAUGACAAUCUGGAUCUACUCAUCUGGAUGCUGUAUAUGGGAGGAUGCUUCUCUCCUAGAGGAGCUAUACAUUCAGAAUACAAGGCUCUUCUUAAAACUAAUCAUGAGUCCAGGUUUAAGGAUAUGUAUCGCUCAUUGGAGGAUUUGAUGGAAAUUUUACAGGAUUUUAUUUGGUCGGAGAAAGCGUAUCGUAUGCAACUUGAUAAAUUUUGGGAAGAGAUUCAACCAGAGAUAGCUUAA